GCAGUGCAACUAAUUACACGACAUGUAACUAUGGCCCGUGUUCCAGAGCUGCUUCUUGGGAUUUUGGAAGAAAUGGUCGACGAGCAACUCAGGACUUUCCACUGGUACCUUUCAAGUAAUGUGAGCACAUUACUUGAAAGGAUUCACACACAUUCCAAAGUCUCGGGUUGAUGGGAUGGACAGAACAGGCACUGUGGAUCUGUUGGUGCAAACAUUUGGCUACGAUGGUGCUGUUGCUAUUACUGAGGAUAUACUGAUGAGAAUGAAACUCAAACUUUGGGCUGAUACUCUAAAGGAGGAUUAUAGUAAAGGUUAAACAUUUUUUACAGUUCCCAGCAAUCAUGUGGACAAAGAGAUGCACUGAAUUAAAGCAGGAGGAAGGAGGAAGACCAGUUUCACUUGGAUGUAAAGAUUUGUACAGGUCAAAAUGAAGAGUCUGGUUGUGUAUUGUGGACUCAUCCUGGCAUUUCUUUCGAGCUGCACAGAACAGGCCGGGGUAAAAAGACAGGACAAAGCAGGUUCUCCUCAAGGAACAGACUGCACACAGAUUAAGACUCUGUCACCACGAGCAUCCAGUGGCGUUUAUACGAUCCAGCCAAAUGGAGCCGCGACCAAGUUUAAGGUCUACUGUGAGAUGCAUCCAGAUGGAGGCUGGACGGUGUUUCAAAAACGAAGCGGAGGAGCCGUUUCUUUCCACAGAAAAUGGGCAGCAUAUAAAACUGGCUUUGGAAACCUGACACAGGACCACUGGCUCGGGCUGAAUAAGAUUUUUUAUCUUACCAAAGACAAGUCCAAGAAGUGGACAAUGAGGGUGGAUCUGUGGGAUCAUGAAGAUGGGACUGCUUUCGCUGAGUACAAAAACUUUAGACUGGGAAAUGAGAAAACUGCGUUCAAACUACAUGUUGGGAAGUACCGUGGAAAUGCAGGUGAUGCCAUCCGUGGUGCCUAUAAAGGCAUUGAUCAGAAUGGCUAUGGCUUUAGCACAGUUGACCGCGAUAAUGAUGGCUGCUCCCCCUGCAUCUUUGGUGACAUUGCUGUUGGAGCAUGUACCGUUAGAGAGGGCGGCGGGUGGUGGUACAGCAAGUGUGGGUCCGCCAAUCUAAACGGUGACUGGCAUUCCUACGGUGAACACAUAGGUUGGGCUUCGGGCCUCCACUGGCGCACCUGGAAACCACCUGCACCAUACUCAGCCAAGGCCACAAGAAUGAUGAUCAAGUCGGUGUGAAAGGAACCUCCUCAAAUUAUCAAGUGCUGAUUUUCAUUCUGCAAAAAACUUUCAACAAAGCUUUUAAGAAAAGUAACUGUGAAGGAGAUAUGUAAAAUACAAUGCUAAAAGCAUGAAAAUCAGUGUAUUGUUAAUGCUUAGUCAUUUCUGUACUAAACUGAAAAACAUGCCUUCCAGAUAAUCAAGUUCUACCCGAGGUCUCUUCCUGUUAAAGCACUGC